CUGCCAAGCAAAGUACCGAGUCAAGAACAGCGGUGUGGAGUGUCCAAGAUAAAGUGAAGUGAUAUUGCUCGGUGUCGUGCGUAGUCUGUCCUGAGACGCGAAGGAGGACGGACAGUCGGAUCUCAUCCGUUGCCGCGGCUGAAUCACGUCCAAUUUUGGGUAAUCGUUGAUUUGAAAAGUACUACCGAGUGCAGUGUGAUCCUUGUAUACAGACAUUUGAUUUUACUGGAAUUCGGCAUUGCGAACGAUUGCGAGGCAGGAAAAGGAAAACGUUUGUGUUACCUGCGUAACACGUGCUGUAGAUUUCAGCCGAUGUCGUUAGUGACAGACUAUUUUAUAACGUUGUAAGCCCGCCACGAGGAAUUGUCGGGUGGAUCAUGUUCUACUGCUUGAAAACGCCGGAAUGAUAAUAUUGUAUUCGUCGUUUUGGACAAAGUGCAACACGGUUCAUGGUACUCUAGAAAAUUCUAGACUAUAUCGGGAAUAAGAGGAAUACUCUGACGACUGUACGAGACAAGGAUUGAUUAGAUACGAUGAACAAGACUCAAUUAGAGAUCGUCUUGGCGACGGAGCCGCCACGCUCGCCAUCUGGCAACUCGUCCCACUCUCACAUCCCCCUGCCGAAGGUUUCCUCUACGGUCCGACUCCUGGACCGAUAUCCACCGGCACGAAGAGAAUCUCCGGAGAAGAUGGUAAACCGGAGAAGUCCAGCUCGUACGACCUCUGUCGCUCUUCAGCGAGCAUCGUUCGAAAAGGGCGAUACUUCACCGGUCCAGGCUAACAACAAGUCUCGUUCGUAUUCUUCAAAUUCACCAAUCGAGUCGAGAAAUACCGAGGAAAAGACGAUGUGGAGAACGAACUCGACGGAUGGUAAGAGGGUCGAGACCAUAAGGAGUACCCUGGAACUAGGCGAUAAGAAACUAAACAGAAGUAACAGCUUCAUGGAGAGCAAGUGGAAGUCCAAGUACGAGGACUCGGAAAAACGGAGAAAGAUGCUGCUGCAAAAGAGCGAAUCUAAUCUGAGGGAUCACGCUGAUUUGGAAAAAAAAUACAAUCAUCUUCAGAGGCAAAACAAUAGCUUGCAAGCACAAGUUGUAGACAAUGAAGAGAAACUGAACAAGCUACGAACAGUGUCCGAAGCCGUUUGCAAGGAAUACGAACAACUGAAACGGCAAUAUGAUAUCGAGACGGGAGCGAUGCACCGAGCGAUGCAACAGGCUACUCAGUGGUACAAGCAAAACAGAGAGCUCAAAAGAAAGUCCCAGGUACUCGCGCAGAAGUUCCUCCAAGUCAACCCGGAAGGUAUCGUCGAUAUUGACAUCGAUAUCUCCGAUGAAGUUGAUUCGAAUUCCGAUGACACGGAACAGCUGCGAGAAACCGUCAGAGAAUUGAGCCAGGACGUUGCCAGAUUGCAGACGGAGUUGAAUGCGGCAAAACUUCAGGAAUUCGAAGCCCAGGAACAGGUCACCCUGCUCUCCUCACAACUCGAAGAGGAAAGAGCACUUCGAGAGGAAGGUGAGGCUAAGAUUAAGGAGUUCCAGAAGCAGAGGGAAAACAUGGAACGAGUGACCCGGAUGGUCGCUGAUGAGGUUCAAGCCCUGAAAGAGCAGUGUGAAAAGGAAAGAGAAAACGCCAAGAAUAUGAAGAUCGAAGCCGACAAGGCGCAGAAAGAGCGCAAUGUUCUUGCGCAUCAGAGCUCGUUACUCUUGGCGGAGAUCGCGACGGAUUCUGACGGGCGAUUGUUGGCCGUCCUCUUGGAGGUUGAAUCCUUGAAGCGUUCGCUGGAGGAGGAGCAGCAGCGUCAUGUUGCGCAGGUCCAGGCGCUCCAGGAGAAACUUGAAGAGCGAGAAUCAAACGUAGAGUUCGAAAUAUUGGAGGAAAAACUUAAGCUAGCGGACACUGAGCUGGAGAUUGCGGUACAGAGGUCAGAGUGUGCUGAACUUUCGGUUGAGAGACUGGAACAAACUGUCAAGGAACUUGAGGAGAAGAUAAAGGACCUUGAGACCAAAGCAGCACAACCGCCCGCGCCGCCGCUACCUCCACCUCCGCCCCCACCGCCAAUGUUCGAAUCGGCUAACGCAACGAUCAAGCUACUCACGCGAGAGAAAAACCACACGAACAGUAAUAAUUCGGCCUUAUCGGACAUGGAGAAUAUGCUUGGUAUCAAUAAGAGACCAGCUGCGGUCGCGCAGCAACCAGCCAUCGACGACGUAAUUAGCCAGAUAAAGGGCGGGAGAUUCACGUUAAAGCAGACUGACAAACAGCGUGACGAAGAGCGAAAACGCAGGCAGGAAGCUGAAGCUGCUCCCCCUGCGGUCUCAGAAAUGCUGACCAUCUUGGGAACGAUGAGGCGGAGAGCCAAGCCCACCCGACAAUCAUUUAAAUUUUCCGAGUCAACCGCGUAGCACCAAGAACGAGGGCACUUUUCUCGUCAUGGAAAAAAUGAUGUCUUUUUUUCGUUAAAGCUAUGCGCUCUCGUUUUUCGAGUUAUGAUACGUUCCAAUGCUUGCCAAUGGGAUUCGCGCUAUGAGACUAAUUUACUUGAAGAUAUUUUCGGUAUUUGUAUCGGAACAUAUAAUUGUACUUGGGCCAUUGAGACUUGUUUAAGUAUUAUAGGUGUUACAAACGUAUUAUAGCAAGAGAAUUUUGGUCCCGAAAGCAGGGGAGUUUAACAUUUUUUGUAACAUGUUUAUUAAAAACAUCAAGUAACCAUAUCCUAAGAUGGUUACUCAAUGUGAAAAAUGUCGCGAAUGCAGAAAAACUUAUGUUUGCUACUGAGUUUUGUGAAUAUGUGCGAUAUAUUUGUUGUUGUUGUUUCAAUUUAGUAACGGUGGACCUUUUUAUGGAUAAGAAUGAUCUGAUCAAAGGAAAGAAAAUUGCGUGCGUGUGAUUCCUAAGAAUUGAAAAUAGGAUACUGAAACACAAGUCGAAGUGAUGAAGAAUUUUUUUUAAAAGUAGCGCUAUUGACAUCCUGAAACUGCCUUCUUGCUGUAUUGGUUUGCGAAAGAAAUUGCCGUCGAUGUAUUAAACACGAUAUAGAUUUAUGCCGUUGCGUUUAAGUAUGUUCGCGAUGAUCAUAUUAUAUUCUUUUAUAAAUAAAGUAUCUUUUUUAU